UAGGAUAACAACACUCCAGUUGGCUCGCCUCCAUUCCAUUCGUGUCAUCAACUAUAAUGAAUGAUCUGACCCAGCUAUAUUAACCUCAUUGGGAUUCGAUUUUAGAACUUGGUUCUUAUUGACCACGUGUCGUCCGCUAUUCGUUGACAUAUAGUCUUCCUGUUGUUCUUGAGGGCCAGACUGAAAUCUCGUGACUGAAAUUAUUGUGAGGCUAGCGUUGCCAACCAAUGACGUUGAAUGUGCCAAAGGUCAAAAGCAGAAUCCAGUUCUAUCUCACAAUCAUCCUCCUACUCAUCUUCAUUUUCGACGUUAUCCCGUGUCCAAUUAUAAUGGGGUCAGUUCAUUAGGUCAUUGAGUUGGAAACCAAGCAAGAUGGACAACACGGAAUUGGCUCAAUCACUCAAAGAUUGGGCCGAAUUGUCGCAGGAAUAUGCGGGCCUGCAAGACUUGCACAAGAAGUACCUGAUCAAGUUGCAGGAAGCCUUGGCCCUUCAACGGAAAUGCGUGGCUGGAGUCAAUCAUCAACGAUAUCGUCUCAAGGCUACGGACAAGCUUCUAAAGCACGUCAGGGCCACCAACGAUGAGGAGAAUGCCGAGAAAAGCGACCUUGACAAGGACAUUCUCCGGCGAAAGGCUCAACUCUCACAGAUGGAGGACAGUUUGCCGAGGCCGUCGGGUCGAUAUUUGAACAUCAUUUUGGGCGGUAUCAACGUCUCUAUUCUGGAUAAGAAGGCCAAAUACGAUUACAAAGACCAGUAUGAGCGGUUCAAGCUCAUCGUCAACCUUGUUGGCUGUGUGUUGGCAUGUAUCAGUCUCUAUUUCAAUAUGAGGGUGUUUGACCUCAUGUUCAUGUUCCUCACAGUGUGGUAUUACUGCACUCUCACCAUUCGAGAAUCUAUCCUCAAAGUGAAUGGCUCCAGAAUCAAAGGCUGGUGGAGAUUACAUCACUUCAUCUCGACCUUUGCUGGAGGAGUCUUGUUGAUUUGGCCAGAUGGGGAAGUGUACUUAAGCUUCAGGAAUCAAUUGAUGUGGUUCAAUGUGUAUUUGGCUUUCCUCCAAUAUCUGCAGUUUGCCUAUCAGAGAGGUGUGUUAUAUCGAUUGCGAUCAUUAGGCGAACGGAAUGACAUGGACAUCACCAUUGAUGGUUUUCACUCUUGGAUGUGGAAAGGUCUAGGAUUUCUUCUGCCUUUCCUGUAUGCGGGUUACAUCUUCCAGCUUUACAACGCCUACGUCCUCUUUCAUUUGACUUACCAUCCUCAAUACACGUGGCAAGUGCCUUGCUUGUGCCUGGUGUUCACCGUUCUUGGGUUGGGUAACAUCAUCACCACGUCCUUGACGAUCCCUUUGAAGAUCAGUGAGCACAGGAAAGGACUCCUGAAGCUUCGAUUCACGAGGUUGGACAAGUACUUCUGGACUCAUCGUAAACGACGAGAUUCCGAGGCCGUGAACAACAAAAAGUAUCUCGAGGAUGUGGAACGCAUUUUGAGGCCGGCCACGGAUACAUUGGUCGAGAGUAGCUCCAGUUCCUCCAUGGAUGAAGACACCUCCGAGAACAUCAAAGAUAUCCCCGGACCCAAGAAAAACAACUGAUUUUAUGACCAGUUUGACCCCAAUUCAACUCGUCAGGGGCCUAAACCGUUUGUUUGGGUUUUUUGAAACUUUUAGUGGAAUAUAAUGAAUCCUCUUCA